AUAAGUAAGCAUAAAGUGUUCACUGUGUUAGUUACGUUACGUUAGUGUUUGAAGGUGUUUGUUUACGUGAUAUAUAUAAAACAACGUUUGUAAUGGCUAAUGAAUACGAGAUCUUUGAAUACUUGGAAGAAGAAGACGACCAUGAAGAUAGUGUAAGGAGGAAGCAGGCAGCAAAGGAGCGGCAUAGACGAUUACGGGAUCAAUGUGAUCCGUUUGAAAUAUACACGGAUGCUCAAUUUGUUAAGGAGUACCGAUUGACCAAAACACUAGCUCGCGAUUUAUGUGAAGAGAUUCGACCUUUCCUUAAAACACCACAAAAAGCUACUGACUUGUCGGUGGAAACAAAGGUUUUGACUGCUUUGUCAUUUUUUGCCACAGGGUCUUAUCAAAGACCUACAGGAAAGAUUCAAGGGCAUUUUGUAGCUCAGCAAACUGUGUCUACUGUCAUAAAUGAAAUUUCAAAGUGCCUAAAUAAUACAUAUUUUAGAGAAAAAUAUAUUCACUUUCCUAAUAAUAGUGAUGAACAAAACAAAAUAAAAACAAGAUUUCAUAACAAGUUUAAUAUUCCGGGCGUAUUAGGAUGCAUUGAUGGCACUCAUGUUGCUAUUGUGCGUCCUAACCAGCAUGAAGACAGAUAUUUUUGCAGAAAGGAUUACCAUUCUCUAAACGUACAAUUAAUUUGUGAUGCUGACAUGCAAAUUAUAAGUGUUGAUGCCAGUCAUGGAGGUGCAACUCAUGACUCUUUCAUUUGGUCUAGUCAUCCUUUAAAGGACUACAUGGAAGAACUAAGUAAUAAUGAAAAUGUAUGGUUUCUUGGUGACUCUGGAUAUCCAUUAAGACGGUACAUGAUGACGCCUGUUUUAAAUGCAGCACCAAAUACACCAGAGGCACAUUAUACAAAUUUGCAUGUGCAUACUAGAAAUAUAAUUGAACGCACAAUUGGUCUUUUAAAAGCACGAUUCCGUUGUUUACUACUACAUAGAAGAUUGCACUAUCAACCAGAGGUAGCUGGUUCUAUUGUCAAUUCAUGUGUUAUAUUACAUAAUAUGUGCAAUGGAGCCAAGCUACCUCCGCAAGAGUUAACUACAGAAGAAAGACAAGAAGAACCGCGAUUAGUGGCAAUUUAUUCUGCACGUAGUAGUAUUCCAGUGACGGAAGGAGGGCGUGGUAACGUAGCACUCCAGCAGGGUGUGGCCGUGAGGAAUGCUCUCAUACAGCGGCUCUGGGAAAGGCGGUAGACAUAAUGCUGGAAAUAAUAAUGUAGUACUUUUAAUUACAUAUUUUAUAUAAUUAAAAUUUAAGUGCUUAUUAUUUUAUUUAUUUUCUCAG